AUGGACAUAUCUGACAGGUUAAGGGACGUUAUGGAGAGUCUCUCCCCAGCUGACAGCAUCGAUGACUGGGGUUUGGGUUCCAGCUGGACCCCAAGGCUCCUUCGAGACUCCCUAGGGUCCACAGACCCCCUUUCACUCGCUGACCUGAAUGUAUUUGGCAACGGGUCACGCCUCAAAGCACCGAAUUCGGCGUGGAGCUUUGCUGGGGACUUUCCUUCUUUGAGACGCCAGAGCAGAAUCAGCACCAGCCCUCUAAGCACCCAUGGCAAACCGCACUUUGAGGACCCCAUAAGUGACCACAACAGUGCCAGGUUGCGAAAAGAUGACCUCUCAGGCGGUGGUGGUGGUGCUGGGGUGCGAUAUGAGGACCCAUCGGAGCUGGGGGGGCCCGCAUGGUGGCCUGCUUCUCGUCGGGCCCCAGAUGGGGCCCCACGGCUCGCAGUGCCCCCGGAGGGACGGACGGCCGAGCUGAGGACGGAGCUAGAGAAGAGUGCCCAGAGGCGAGCGGAGCUCCUGGGCAAACUGAGGGUGGCGCAGAGAAGACUGGACAACCAGACGGACGCCCUCAAGGCCAGAGACUCAGAGCUGCAGCAGAGCCUCGGCACCACACAGCGCCUGGAGCACAAACAGAGGAAGGACGUAGAUGAGCUGAGCCACUUCGAGGAGAGACACCGGCGUGGAGAGCUACAGGACAAGGUUCUGCAGCUGGAGCUGGACAUGUUGAAGCUGAAGUCUACCCUUGCAGGGACACACACGGAGGCCACACCCCUCAUGCCUACGAGCACGCUCAGUAGAACACUACCAGUUACCCAGCAGGACUUCCAGAAAGAGGGUCAACUUGAGGUGGAAAAGGAGCUGGGUAAACUGCGAGAUGCCUUGAAGGAGGCGGAGCAGAGAGCUGAACAGCUAGAGCACGAGCACGAACACACACUCCAGAAACUACACAAAGCUAAAGAGGCCCAGAUGAGUGCUCUGACUCAGGCUGAGGAUCUGAACCAGAGGUUGGGUCGGGCCAGCAGGUCCCAGGCCGACCUAGAGGAGCACCUGAGCGACGCACGCAGUCGCCUGGGACAGCUGGAGCUGGAGCGUGGCCUGAUGGCCUCCAAAGCUCAGAGGGUGGAGGACAGCAUGGAGGAUCUGAGGGCUCGACUAGCUGCCGCACUCAGUGACAAGGACCGCCUCGUCCAGGAGAAGGCGGAGCUGCACCAGCAUGCGCAGGGUCUGCAGCUGCAGCUGGAGCGGGCUGAGAGGGGACGCGAGGGCUACACCGACCAGGUGUGUGAGCUGCACACAGAGCUGUCAAAUGCCCGGACCAGCACCACACAGCACCAGCGGCAGUGCCUGGUCAUGGAGGAGGAGCUCAGUGCAGCCAAACAGCUGAGUGAGAAACUGACCUGUGACCUUGAGAUGGCGAGGCAGAAGUUAGAGGUCACCUUGGGCCAAACGCAUCAGCUGGAGGCAGAGAGGGUCAUCCAGACCAAUCAGAUUGCGGCUUUGGAGGCCGAGCGCAUGCAGCUCAUUGGAGAGAAGGAGGAGCUGCUGAGCUCCGCCCACAGCCAAGGUCAAGAGGUCACGCGGGACGAAGACCUGGAGGUCAUGAAAGAGCUGAGGCAGAGGCUCCUGACACUGAGUGAAUCCCAUGAUGCCAUGCAGCAGAAGAGGGAGGAGCUUGAGGCGCUGCACCAGUCCCUGAGGCAGCAGGUCUCAGCACAGGAGGCGGAGCUACAGAGGCAGGCAGCCGAGAGGCAGCAUCUAGAGGCGGGGUUUUCUACUGAGAAGGAGGAGCUAAAAAGGGUGGCCAAUCACUGGAAUGGGAGGUGGGAGGAAGUGGCCAUGAAGCUGCGCCUCACACAAGGGGACCUGGAGGAGGGGCGGAGGCUGCAUGGGGAGGAGACCAACAAACUGAGAGAAGAGGCUACUCAACUAUCACAGACUGUCAGAAAUCUUCAGAGUGAGCUUCAGAGGAGCCAAGAUCAUCUGAGGCAUCUUGAAGAGCAGAAGACUCAGUGUGAGGCUACAGUGGAGACACUGAAAGUGAAGAGCCACAUUGGGGUCCAGCUGGAGGCGGAGAUGGACUCCCUCAGACAGCAGCUGCAGGAGGAGAGGCUGAGGAACCAGAGACAGCAGCAAGAACAUGCAGACAGCCAGGUGUGUGUGGCGCAGGUGGACAGUGAGCUGGGUCAGGUGAGGACGGAGCUGCAGGAGGUGUGGGACAUGCUCCGCCUCCGAGACUCAGCACUGGAGGAGCAGCAGCAGGAGCUGCAGUCAGCCAGAAGCCAGGCAUCUCAGCACAGCAGUGAGGUGGAGAAGCUGGAACAGCAACUAGCAGACAUGGAGAAGGCCCUGACAAACAGGGAAAAGGCUUUGAGCUGUGUGGAGAGGCAGAGGGAGACAGAGAGAGAGGAAGCCCACAGCACCAUCAGAACUCUGCAGCUCAAGCUGGCUGAGCUUGAGUGCUCCAGUGCGAGGGGGCGAGGGGAGGCUGGCCGGGACAGCGCUGCUUGUCUGGAGUCUCUCACUGUCCAGCUGGAGGAGAGCAGGAUGAGAGCAGAGCAGCUUCAGCAGGAGAGAGAUCAGGCCGUGCAGAAGCUGCGGAGUCUGAAAGACGUCCUACAGAACAAACCAGAGAAAGGACCCCCGUCUGAGGUCCACAGAGACCCAAAGCCAUCCCCACCACCACCAGACCACGCUCAGCACCAACACACCCACGGCCACGGACACCUAAAGACGACCCCUCCAGGCCUAGUUCAGCAACACACCCACGGCCACGGACACCCAAAGACGACCCUUCCAGGCCCAGACCAAGACCCCCAGCCCCAGCCAGAGGCCCAGGCCCAGGUCCAGGUCCAGCCCCAGCCCCAGAACCAGGCCCGCAGGGAGAAGCUGCCAGACAAGCUGGGCCCAGCAGCCCAGGAGCAGCAGAGGAGACUGGUCACAGAGCAGCUGAAGAGCCUGUUUAAGGAGAGGGAGCAGCUCGGUGGCCAGAUGGGAGAGCGCUCCCCCAUCACACACAGACGAGCAGGCUCACCGCAGAGGGCAAAGGUCAUCAAGGGGCCGCUGGAGAGACGCUUGGAGCGGGAGCUGCUAGUGCAUACAGACCAGCAGCAGGGGGCAGCAAACACUCUCAACACAAACACACAGUGUGGAGCACAGGACCCUCAGGGGAAGUGAGGAUCCAUGAGGUGUCUGUGGAGGAUGUCAGAGGGUCCGUGGUCGGUUACCAUGAAAACACCAUGACAACCAUCCCUGCGUCAUCUGAGGAGCGGCGUAGAGAGGAAGAGGAGGAGGACUCACGCUCCUCCUCAUACCCCCUGGUGCUGGCCAAGCAGAUGUGUGUAUCUGACACGGAGGAGGAGGAGGAGGUGCAGGAAGAGGAGGAGGAGGAGGAGGAUAGGGACAUGGGAGAAGACAACAACUAAUUCAACAAAUGUUUCAGCCCUAACUUAACUUUGGACUAAACCAUUCGCUGCUCUUGAUAAUAUCAUGAUGAGUUGCAUUUCAGAUGAACUAAUGACCCAGUAUACAGUACUAACUCUUAGCCAGAUGUGUGUAGUGUAUUCAUGACUUGGAGGAGGAGGUGCAGGAGGAAGAGGAGGAGGAGGAAGAGGACAGGGACAUAGAGGAAGACAACGACUAAUUCAACAAAUAUUUCAGCCCUAACUUAACGUUGGACUCCUGCUGUUGAUAAUAUGAUGAAUUGCAGCAUUUCAGAAAUAAUGACCCAAUAUACAUUACUAACUAACUCAUGUGUGUUCAUGACUUGGAGGAAGAGGUGCAGGAAGAGCACAAUGAGGAAGACAUGGAUCUGUUGUCUAUUCAGAAUAGGUAAUAGACAACAGACAAAAGCAGUGCUUCUCAAAGUGGGGUCUGGGGACCCCUGGGGGUCCAUGAGGUAUUGCCAAGGGAUCCAUGAAAGUUUCAAUGCUCUACACGAAAUCAAUGCAGCAAUAUGACCUUGACACUAUAGCAUAAUUGCACUGAAAACUGCAUGGUAAUUUUAUGACUAAUUAUAAAUGGUUAUUACCAUGAAAUUACCAACGUAUUAACGAUGCGAUAUGUAAAGUUACCAAAUGUUCUACUCCUUUAGGGAUCCCUGCUGGUCCCCUGUCUAACUGACUUGGAAUUUCGGCCAGCACAAAUACUAAAUUAUAUCCUGCUUUUAUAAUUUAGAUGUGAUCCCCUGUUGCAUUUAAGAUACUCUCCACAAUAUAAUAAUGUUGUAAUCCAUAACUCUGAAACAAUGCUUUGAGUACAGUACAUUUGAACUAAUAUACAGAAUGUUGACUACAUUCAGAAUAGGCCACUAAUACCGCCAUUUGAUAAUUAAAACACGGCAAGUUUAAUAUGAGUCAGGGAAUCAGAAAUGCAAUAUUCACACACACACACACACACACACACACACACACACACACACACACACACACACACACACACACACACACACACACACACACACACACACACACACUGCUCAUGCUGUUCAUUUGUUUGCACUAAGCCUUUGCGCGUGUGUGUUUUGAAGUAAUCCAGCUGUGUUUCUCUCUGUGUUUCUGUGUGUGCGUGUGCAGGUGAGAGCCUACUUUAUACUGUAGCUGGGGUAUGUCUGUGAGGCAGGAGAUUAGUGCAGAGAUAACACAGCAACAUGGAAUGUACAAAAAUGUAUGAUUUCCAUGACAUUGAAAAUGUUGUACAGUUUGCAUGGGUACUUUAACGGUGUUAUCGAAUGGGUUUCAGGUAUAAAACAAAUGUUAUUCUUCGGCUAGCACAGCAACAAUUUUAAGAGUGAUUGUUCCAUUAUCGCAAUAAAGGAGUUACUUACACUGCA